AUGGGCCCCUGUACCACCUCCUCAUGCUGCUGCCAGGCCCGUAAUCUGCCAUGGGCCCCCGUACCGCCUCCUCAUGCUGCUGCCAGGCCCGUAAUCUGCCAUGGGCCCCCGUACCGACUCCUCAUGCUGCUGCCAGGCCCAUAAUCUGUCAUGGGCCCCUGUACCGCCUCCUCAUGCUGCUGCCAGGUCCAGAGUGUGUCAUGGGUCCCUGUACGGCCUCCCAUUGCUGCUGCCAGGCCCGUAAUCUGCCAUGGGCCCCCGUACCGACUCCUCAUGCUGCUGCCAGGCCCGUAAUCUGUCAUGGGCCCCUGUACCGCCUCCUCAUGCUGCUGCCAGGUCCAGAGUGUGUCAUGGGUCUCUGUACGGCCUCCCAUUGCUGCUGUCUCCAUCGCCACACUCUGCCAUGUGCCACUUUCAGGUCUCCUCACACUGCUGGUGGGUUCCAUUUUGUCAUAGGGUGCUGU